AUGGCAAGCGACUCCAAAAAGAGCUGCCGGCAGGAUCUGGCCCGGCUGGACGUUGUCGCAGUACGCCCCCGUGAUUCCCGCCGCUUCAAUGGCCCCAAGGCAUGCGAGUGCCGUCAGGCCAUGUCCUUUUUCUUGCGCUCAGAUGACACUGAUUUUCUGACGAAUGAAAUUGACGACGCCAAAUUUUUCACCUGGUUGAAGACAGAAGCGGGCUUCUACUCAAUACAAGAUGCCUUGGCCUUUCAGACACAUCGGGGCUCGCUUGGCAUGACUGGCAUCUGUAGCCCCAUCGAUCUUUUCGCCGUCAUGGACAGUGUACAACGUGAAAAGACUUUUUGGCCUGCUGAUGGCAAAACCAUCUUCUUCCUCAUCUACGAGGUUGCAACAGCAAAAAUACCUCGGCCCGACGGCUGCACCCCUGAGGAGGCUGUUCUAGAUUUGAUGGAUGAGAACAUCGAUCUACGUCUGUGUCUCGGUAUGUCACCACCAAACCGCGUCGAGGAAAACCCGGCCUGCUCUUCUGGGAUACGAAAGGCACUUUCCCCAAGUUCCCUGUCGCGAUCGUCGUCCUCUACAUCAUUAUCAUCAGAAGACGGUUCUUCCGCCACUACUGCCUCAUCCAAGACAGUUUCAGCCAGUAGCGCACCAUCCCUGGCGACUUCACGACACUCAUUAGCAUUGCGUGAGGGUAAAAAACCACAAAUACCGUCUGCUCAUGGGAAAUCAGGAAUUCUGGCUCGGCUGAGCCAGCCAACAGCCAGCAGCAGUGCCAAAUCGAAUGUUCCGAGAGUUCGCGCUCUCAACCUCAAAUCCAGGCCCAAGCCCAUGGCCGCUAUCGCCCCUAAUGUAAUAGCGACGCCACGCCCGGCAGACACGAUAGAGGUCGACGCUGAGUACUCGGCCAUCGACGAAACUAACAUUGAUGCGACCCUUGGCAGCUACAACAACGACGGAAACGGUUCUGCGUGGCUGCAGUGCUUAGACCUCUUUUGCAUCGACGCGGUUGAAUAUGCAAACCGUGAGGCCCGCGAUAUGCAGGCCUCCAAGACUGGUCAUUUGCCCGUCAAGAAGCUGCAUGGAUCCAGGGGAGGACUGUUUGACUACCAAAUGUCGGCAGUAUUCCAGAUGCUGUGUCUGCUGCGCAAGGGCGUGCGCGGUGGCUUCCUCGCAGAUGAGAUGGGACUUGGAAAGAGCAUCGAGAUGCUAGGUAUUCAGUCAGUGCUUUUUUCCCUGAGAAGCAUGGUCGAAGAUAUUCAUGUUAAUCGCGACAAGCACUCUUUCUCCGGACCUGCAUGCAAAGCAGAGGGGCGAUACAUGAUUCGGUGCCCUUGCUACCACUCCUUCUCGCGCGAGCUGGCCGACCUUGUUCUCGAUGGGCCCACCGUCAUUAUCGCACCAACCAGCACUAGCGAGCAGAUGUUCCAGAUGACCAAGCAGAGGCUGGACCCGAAGGUAUUCGAGCUCCGCCUAGUUGGCGCCUCUGCUGGAACCGAUGGCGCUCUUUCGAGCACCGACAUGCGUGCGCUGGCUUGGAAGUCCGUCAAGAACCCAGUUGCCGGCGAACCCGACUUUCGCGGCGGCCUGUUCAGCCAGAACAAGUUUGUCAUUGUGUGCCCCGACUCCAAAAUCAAAGAAUUGCACAAGCUCAUGCCAGGCGCGGUGUACAUGGACGAGUUCCAUCAGUAUACGCAAGCUGACAAGCCUGUCGAUCGCUGGCUGAAGGCGGUUCAGGGAUGGGCGGCUCCCGAAGGCGGACCUCCUCCCUUCUUUUUUGUCGGUGGGACACCCAUCGAGAAAUCGCCAGCCGAUAUUCGACCUCAGCUGGAGAGACUUGAACAGCCUUCGUGGAGUGAAGGCCGGAUGAAGGUAGCGACGGUGAGUGCUCUGGAUUCUGUCAUUUCGCGUUACGUGGAACUACAGCAGAUGCAGAAAGAUGGCAUUGGCAUUUUUCCCUGCGAUAUACGCAACUACCACGUCCAGCUCAACGAAAUCCUCCGCCAAGUUAUGAUACGCCGCUUGGCCACCGAUUCCUUUCGUGGCCGCAUUCUCGCUCUGAAGCCCAUGCGCGUCAACAUUCAUCAGGUUCCGGUGCUACGCGGGGCUCAAGACGUUGUCGGAGCAUGCUCCAAUGCCACUCGCUCAACUGUAAUUAAACAGAUUGGGAGUGAGGAGGAGCAGUACAUAGAUCGACACUUGGACAGUGACUCAGGUGAGGAGUUGCUGGAGAGGUUAAGAUUGGCCAGUUUCUUCCCUCAGACGGCCAAAAGUCUCAAGGGCAAGGCUGUCUGUUCCUUCCUGGAGAAGGACAUUGUCAAAUGCAUGCAAGGUUGCAAAGGAGGCAUCGAAAAGUCCAAGUACUGGGACAGGGUCGAAGAGUUUACUACCAACAGCGCCAAGCUGGACACGCUCAAGAAACUGAUGCAUACGAUGCUAGAUGACAAGACGCAGAUCCCGAAUGAGCACUGUAGGGCCAAGAAAAUGUGCAUCAUAACCCCUACUGAAGGCGAGGCGUUACUUAUCUUUGCGCACCUGCGACAGACGCGAGAUUCUUGGAAGACAGGGGUCAAACCAAAACCUAUCUGGCUGCAUAGCGGCAUGUCCAGCAUCGAGGCCGACGAGGUUGUCCGCGCCUUCAAACAAAAGGGUAAUGCUACAUCCAACAUACUAGUGGCGCCCCUCUCGCGCGCCGGGACCGGGCUCGACCUCCCGCAGGCCAAUUAUCUCGUCUUGACGGGCCUGGGUUGGCGCAAGCGCGACAACAAGCAGGCCUUUUACCGCAUCCACCGUGCAGGCCAGAUACUGGAUACUCACCUUCACCUCAUCGUCAGCCGUGGCAACCCGGCAGAGCGGCGCAUCUGGGCGCGCCAUUCUGGGGGCAAGGUAGCUAGUCAAACGGCCUGGAAGGUUUUUGCCGAGAAUGACACCAUCCCCCAGGAUGAGCUUCCGGAUGCCGUGAAGGAUGCAGUGGGCAACGUGAUCUCUGAGGACUCGACACAAUUUGCCUGA